UAACAAUGAUAUUACAAAAGAAAUCCCUUCAUAUGAGUCUGUCAUUGUGAACAGAGGGUAAAAUCGCCCUACUGAGAAAAUGGACCACCAUAUCGUCCAUUCUCGAAAGAGUUCAUUGAAUUGACUACUUGUGAAAGGCCCAUCUUAUGGGGUUAUAUGACUGGUUAGCUCAUCAUCUCCACUUAUAUAAUGCCAAUAGAAGUCAUACCAACUCUCAUUAGCCUGGUGACAAGAAACCAGUGUACCCUGCACUCCCCAAUCAACGCCUAGAUGAAGUUGGCAUUGCUCCUUUCAGUUAAACAAAUUACCUUAAUGACAAAAGCAUUUCUCUUCUGUUUGUUCUUAUGCUUUUUUCUUGUGCCCAUUAAUUCACAAAAUUCAAAUGCUACAGACAGGCUAGCACUUCUUGAAUUCAAGAGCAGAAUAACUAAUGAUCCCUUUAAUUUCCUGAAUUCUUGGAAUGAAUCUGCACAUUUUUGCCACUGGCCAGGUGUUGUUUGCAGUAGAAGAUACCAAAAAAUUACAAGCUUGAAUCUUCAGCAUCAGAAACUGACAGGAUCUCUGUCCCCAUACAUUGGAAAUCUUACUUUUCUUCAUCAACUUAUUCUUGAUAACAACAGCUUUAUGGGAAACAUUCCUCAAGAACUUGGAAAUUUGAGAAGAUUGAGAUUCUUAUGGCUGAGGAAUAAUUCAUUUGAUGGAGAAAUUCCUGCCAAUCUGUCUGCUUGUUCUAAUCUUGUCGAGAUUCGUCUUUCAUGGAAUAAUCUCUAUGGAAAGAUUCCAACAGAACUUGGAUCAUUGUCAAAGCUUCAGCUGAUUCAAGCUCCAAGAAAUAGUCUUGUAGGUGAAAUCCCGAGCACUUUUGGGAACGCGUCAUCCCUGGAAUUUUUCGGGUUUUCCUCCAACAGGCUUGCCGGGAGGAUUCCAAAUGAAUUCGGACAGCUGAAUAGACUGGAAUACAUUGGAUUAAGUGAAAACAGAUUGUCUGGUUCUUUGCCUCCUACAAUUUUCAAUCUUUCUUCUAUUACAACUAUUUUUGUGCCAAUGAACCAAAUGCAAGGUACACUUCCAUCUUAUAUCGGCAAGACUCUUCCAAACCUGUACUAUCUUGGCAUUGCAGGAAACCAGUUUACAGGAACAAUUCCUGUUUCCCUGUCAAAUUUGUCGAAUCUUGAGUUUCUUUUUAUCGGAGGAAACAAACUCACUGGAAACAUGCCUAGUUUCUCAAAUCUGCAUAAACUCAGCCACCUAGACAUCUCCAGCAAUUACUUGGGAAAUGGAGAAUCCACUGAUCUGAUUUUCAUAUCGUCACUGAACAACGCCAGUAAUUUAGAGGAGCUAGGCCUAUCUGAUAACAACUUUGGUGGGGUGUUGCCUAAAGAUUUCGGAAAUCUCUCCACAAAACUUACGGGGAUAUUAGUAAGCAACAAUCAACUAUCAGGAAACCUUCCAAGUUGGAUAGAAAAUUUCGAAAAUCUGACGAAUAUUGAGAUGAGGGGUAACAAAUUCAAAGGUCAUAUCCCAAUUGAAAUUGGGAAGCUAAGGAAUCUACAUAUUCUUGAUCUAUCACACAACAAUUUCUCUGGGAAAAUUCCAUCUUUUCUUGGAAAUCUAAGCCUUCUAACCAAGCUUCAUCUAAACGAUAACAGUUUUUACGGUGAAAUCCCAUUUAGCCUGGGAAUGUGCCAGAACUUGCAAGGAUUGAAUCUCUCCAAGAACAAUCUUAAUGGCACAAUUCCUUCACAAGUUUUCAGUCUCUCUUCCUUAUCUUCAUAUUUGGACUUAUCUAACAACCAUCUAGUUGGUCAGCUUCCGACUGAAGUUGGAAAUCUUGAUAAUCUAGGUGAACUUGUUAUUUCCGAGAAUAAGUUGUCUGGUGAGAUCCCUGUAACCCUCAGCAGUUGUGUCCGAUUGGAAAAACUUCUCAUGAACAAAAACUUCUUCCGAGGGACGAUCCCUUCAUCUUUGAGUACUUUAAGAGGAUUAAGAUUUCUUGAUCUUUCUCAAAACAAUCUGUCAGGAACAAUUCCUCAAUUUUUGGGAAGCUUUGAUUUGCAAUAUUUAAAUCUGUCCUUCAAUUCCUUUGAGGGUGUAUUGCCAAAUGAAGGAAUCUUUAGAAAUGCAACUACUGUUUCAGUGAUUGGGAAUCCAAAUCUUUGUGUCAACACACCUGGACUUCAAAUUCCUUUAUGUGAAAAUAAACCUAAACCAUCCCAAAAGUUCACUUCGACCUUAACUUUCAAACUAACAAUUUCUUUAGUAUGUAGUAUUUUAGGACUUCUCUUGUUAUCUGCCGCCUUACUGAUUCUUUACUAUUCCAAGAAAAAAAGGGUCCCUUCUUCGGAUUUUUCAGAAGACACUAUUUUGAAAUUAUCCUAUCAAACUCUAUUUCAAGCUACCGAUGGAUUCAGUUCGGCAAAUCUUGUUGGAACGGGUAGUUUCUCGUCUGUGUAUAAAGGAUUUCUUGAUGGUACAGAAACUGUUCUUGCUGUAAAGGUAUUCGAUCUUUUUCGACGUGGGGCUUCCAAGAGUUUCCUAGUCGAAUGUGAAGCGUUUAGGAAUAUUAAACAUCGGAAUCUUGUCAGGGUGCUAACAGCAUGCUCAGGUAUUGAUAAUCGAGGUAACGAUUUCAAAGCUCUGGUUUAUGAAUUCAUGGAUAAUGGUAAUCUGGAUCGAUGGUUACAUUCAAGUGAUGAUUCAUCUAAAUUGAAUGUUAUUCAGAGACUGAACAUUGCCAUUGACAUUACUUCUGCACUUGAUUAUCUUCAUCAUCACUGCCAUGAAACAAUCAUUCACUGUGAUCUUAAGCCAAGCAAUGUUCUACUGGACAAUCAAAUGGUUGGACAUGUAGGAGACUUUGGUUUAGCAAAAUUCCUUCCAACAGAUGAUCAAAACACCCCGACAAGCUCAUUUGGUGCGAGAGGAACUAUCGGUUACGCUGCUCCAGAGUAUGGGAUGGGAAGUCAGGUUUCGACUCUAGGUGACGUGUACAGCUUUGGAAUUCUUCUGUUAGAAAUGUUUACUGGAAAAAGGCCUACAGACGACAUGUUUAAAGAUGGACUUAGCCUACAUUCUUUCGUUAAGGUAGCUUUGCCUGAUCGAGUAGCUGAAAUUAUCGAUCCAGUACUCGUCGAAGAAUGCAAAUCAGUGGAGAUGAACACGAAUUACACAAAGAUUCACAAAUUGAAGGAGUGCUUCGUUUCAGUAUUCGAAGUAGGAUUGGCUUGUUCGAUGAGUACAGCAAAAGAGAGAUUGAGCAUGAGUGAUGCUGCUUAUGAGCUACUUUCCAUCAGAAAUACUGUUCUUGCAACUGGAAUGUACCAAUAAAAUAAGCAAUUUGGAAUAUUUGUUCUUGAAGUGUUCGGAACCUAAUCCUACUAUCGUGGGAUUUUUUCCAUUGCACAUUGUAGAAGUCAUUCAAUUUUCAAGACUUCUAACACAGAAAUGACAAAAGGCUAUGCAAAGUUAUUCCUUUA